GAAAUAUUGCUCCUAGAAAAAGGUUCAAAUCAUAUUACUGAUUUGCAUUUUACUGCAUUUUUGAAUGUAUCCCAAAUUCAUGAUGCUAAAUUAUAUCAAAGAGUGGCAUUAUUGAUGCUCAACACAAAUAAACACAUUAAUGUAAACAGAAGAAACAGUAAAGGAGACACGCCAUUUGAUUACUUUUGUUAUCAAAAUGCAACUGAUGUGAUCAGAAAACUGAUGGAAAGAGGUGCAGAUGUUACAGCGACAGCAAGAAGGAACAUUUUACACGUUCUCUGUGAUUCUCCAGAUAUUGCGUCAAAACUGGACACAAUAUCCUUGAUAAUAAAAAGUAACGCCGAUCUGGAUGUCCAAGAUACAUCAGGGAAAACUGUGCUUCAGAAGACAGUAGAAAAGUACCGAAAAUUUUACCUCAGGGAUGGGUAUUCCACAUACAAAUGCAUAGGCUCAAUUAUAGAACAUUUACUGAACGCUGGAGCGAAAUGUAUAGAGACCGAAUUAACUUCUCUGUUACAGCUGGCUUGUAAACAUCAACAUUUCGCAUUGAUGAAAGCCUUAGUAAGGAGAGGGGCGGACCUGUCUGUUAAAAAGUCAGAAAGGGGUAUUUUACAUGAUUGUUGGCUACCUUUCGACUUUUAUAAAAUUGUUAUUACACCAAAUUUGUUAAAAGAAUGCAUCGAGUAUAUAGAGUUCCACAAGAAGGCUGGAGGAAGCCUGACUGAACUUUAUAAAGGCUCUACACCUCUUGAUUUGUACUUGAAGUCUGACAUUUACAAAAAAAUCGGAAAAUUUUAAAAGUUUGCGGGAUGAAAUUGCUUCCCUACUUGCAUGCAAUGAAGAAGUUGUUUGUGAAUCUGAUAGAAGAAUCUCGGAGGUGCACAUCGCUGCCUCUACUGGAAAUUUGUCCAAAUUGAAAACUCUGGUUGAAAUGGGGGCUAACUUGCAUUUAAAAGACAAGGAUGAAAACUCGUGUCUGCAUCUUUGUUUGUCUUCAGGUAUCGGCAGCGUUGUAGAAAUGGUCAGCUACCUGCUAGAGCAGGGUCUUUCUCCAAACGACACGAAUUCAGACUACGAGACUCCUUUAUAUUUAAUCCUAAAAAACGCAAAAUAUCACACUGAAGAUGAAGUAUCGUCCAUCGUUAAACUUUUGAUAAAAUUCGGCGGAAAUCCAAACCAAGAAAAACUUGAGAAAAAUCCUUUAAUUCAAGCAAUAGAAACAUUUAAUGCUAAAUGUGUUCAUAUUUUACUGAAGAAUGGAGCGAGGGUGAACGAUCUGCCGAGUAAAUUAAAUGCACUGCAUGUGAUGUACGAUUCCAUUCUAUCUGUUCUGGUAAAAGAUCAGAGAGAGGACAUUCGCUUUCUGCAACAUUUGCUAGUUACGAACCAGGUUAAUUUAAAUGCGAAAAACACCUGCGGAGAUAGUGUUCUUCAUUUAGCUGUCAAAGUUUUGUGUAAUACGAAGAUAUCUGUUGGAGCUACACAACUUAUUCAAGAACUUGUUGAACAUGGCUCGGAUGUGAAUGCAACCGAUUGUAAUGGACAAACGGCUCUGAGUCUUUGUUGUGAAUUUGGUUGCGAUAUUGAAUGCAUUGCUGUUAGCAAAUACUUACUGGAAAACGGAGCGGAUCCCAAUAUAGGAUGUGCCUUGAAUCGUGCAUUUAUGCACGUAAAAUGUGGAAUAAAAGAUGAGACGAAGGAGUUAAUUUUUCAACUCCUAUCACAUGGAGCAAAUCCCAGUGCUGAAACAGACUGUAGUGAUACACCAAAUCUCAUAGUAGCAAUCAACAUGGGGGAUACUGACUUGGUGAAUGCGUUGUUGAAAAGUGGUGCUCACCCAAAUAUCUGGGAUGAUUCUGAAACCAGUCUUUUAUAUGCAUGCAAUUUAGGUUUUGAUCAGGCUACAGAGAUUGUACCACUCCUUCUUCGGUACGGUUGUAGCAUCAACCUAGGUCAACAUGGUAAACCGUAUAUAUAUUACAGACAACAUCCACUCUUCAGAAUUGUCGAAAAGAUUAUAAAAAAUGCGGAAUGUGUAGAAUUUACAGAGGAAAAAUACGUAGAAAAG